AUGAGGAGGUUCCAAUUGCUAGGGAAUGAGAAUCGAUGCCCUCGCGAGCAGUCUACGAUCGUGCUGCGCGGCCAGGAAUUUGCUCCAGGGAAGAAAGAUCCACGCGCUCAUCCUCGAGCGCGGCCUCGAGGAUCUCCACCUCCACAACCUCCUCGUCCAGAUCGCGACGUCGUGGCGUGGAAUUCGAUCCUGGGCGCCAACGCCCAAAACGGGCAAUCGAUCGAUGCUGAGAGAUUCUACGAGAGAAUGCCUGGGCGUGACGUGAUCUCCGCGAAUUCGAUCGUCUCGGCGUUUGCCAGGAGCGGCGAUCCGGCCGGCGCGUGGAGGGCCUUCGAGGGCGCCGCGCGGCGCGACGUCGCGCUGUGGACGUCCAUGGCGCAGGCGCGCACCGCGAGAGGGCAGCUCGAUCUGGCGCUGGAGACGCUCCAUCGCAUGGCGCUGUGGAACGUCUUCUCCAGCACGGUGAUGAUCGCGGCGCUGGGAAGGAGUGGCGAUUUAGAAGCCGCGAGGGAAGCGUUUGAUGCCAUGGGCGAGCGCAAUGCAGUGGCAUGGAACGCGCUGCUCACCGCCUACGCGGAUGCCGCGCGGAUGGACGCGGUGGGGGAGGUCUUUGCACGGAUGCCGCAGCGGGAUACCGUGCUGCAUACCGCGCUGCUCGUGGCGUAUGCCCAGGCCGGGCAUCUCCACGACGCGCGGGAGCUCUUCCACGGCAUGCCGCAGCGUGACGUCGUGUGCUGGAACGCCAUGCUGGCAUCGUCCGCGCGGUACCGCCAUCUACCGGCGGCACGGGAGUUCUUCCGCCGGAUGCCGCAGUGGAGCGUCACGAGCUGGAAUUCGUUCUUUACCGCCAGUGCCCAGAGAGGGCAUUUGGAUCACGCGAAAGAGCUCUUCGACGCCAUGCCCGGGAAGAAUCUAGUGUCUUGGAACGCGCUACUGGCAGCGUUUGCGCGGAAUGGACACGCCCAUGACGCGCGAUUGAUCUUCGAUUCCAUGGAGGAGAGAAAUCGCGUGAGCUGGAACGCGGUGAUCGCCGCGCAUGCCCACAGCGGGCAUGGCGAGGAGGUUCUAGGGCUCUUCCGGGCUAUGGUGCUCGAGGGCGUGGAUCCGGACGAGGCAUCGUUCGCGAGCUUGAUGCUGGGAUUCAAUCACCUGGGGAUGGUGGGCGUUAGCCGCGGGCAUCUGGUGGCCAUGCGCGACGAUUUUGGAGUGGCGCCAGGGAGGGAUCACUACUGCUGCGUUGCGGAUGGAUUGGGGAAGAGUGGGCGAUUGGGCGAGGCGGAGGAGCUGAUCAAGACGAUGCCGUUUAGCGCGGAUGGAUUGGCGUGGGGGAGCCUUGUGGCUGCCGGAUUGAUCUGCUUGGAGACGGAGUAUGCCGCUCACGCCGCUCGGCAAGCAGUGGAUCUAGAUCCCAGGGAUAGUGGCAACUUUUGCAAUACCUUCACCAUCCAAGGAUCAGCCCAGUUUGUUUUCGGGCAAAACGAGUUUCAAGUUGUUGCGAGUGAUGGUGUCGGGGAUCGAGAUGGAUCCGUCCAAACGUUUGCAGCCCCUUUGACUGGAAACCCGGGAUGCAUCUACCAAGGAAUAAUCGCCGACACCGGCAGUCUGGAUUUCCAGGUCUCCCAGAUCAAGUGUGGCAAUGAUCGGGUGGAGUUCAUGGGUGACGCUGGAAGUUCCACCCAAGGCUCUUCAACCACGUACGCGAUUGUUGGUGGUACUGGCCGAUAUGUUGGAGCCACUGGAACUGUGACAGAAGUUUCACUGGGUGGUAUGAACUAUCAAGUCACUGCUAAUAUCAAAGUUUGCAACUAG